UUGGACCACUUCAGUUACUUGGCUUGGAGUGCGUAAGGUCGGUACCCCCACCGCUCCCCCUUCGACACACGACAACACCACAUCAAUGCGUGCCUUUUGGCAUUGCGAACGACGCAACACACCCGCUCGCUGCUUGCCCGCCUGCCGCCACUGCUGCUCACUGUGCGGCCGAUCUGGUGAGCAACGCCUCGGCACCGGCACGGCUCCGACCCCAUGGAUCCGCCCAACCGCGGCUCUGGCGCCGGCUCAGGGCUCUCCGAUGCUGCGCCGCCUACGAUCGUUGAGCCCAAAGCCGAGAAUGGCGUUGUCGAUGCCGGAUUGAAGAGUUUACAGCACUACAAGCGAGCCCUUCCGAAAUGGCGGUACCAACUGCGACAGCGCCUGCUCCCAAUCGUGCGGUGGGAGACGCCGUACCUGGCCGCGCUGCAGAGCACGAUGCGCUCGCCCGCCCUUGAUAGUUAUUUCGCCAUCACGGCCAACCUUGGCACCCACACAUUCUUUAUGGUUGGGCUACCAGUUCUGUUCUGGUGUGGCUUUCAGGACUUCGGCAAAGGACUCGUCCACAUCCUCGCUACGGGCGUCUUCUUCACCGGCUUCAUCAAGGACAUGUGCUCCCUUCCGCGACCACUCUCUCCGCCCCUCCAGCGCAUCACCAUGUCCGGCUCGGCGGCCCUUGAGUACGGUUUUCCGUCUACCCACUCCGCCAACGCCGUGUCCGUGGCCGUCUACGCUAUCCUCACGCUGCGCAGCGAAGGCAACACCUUCUCACCGCCCACGACCCUCGCGCUCGAAGCGCUCGCCUACUUCUACGCGCUCUCCAUCGUCGUCGGCCGCCUGUACUGCGGCAUGCACGGCUUCCUGGACGUCAUCGUCGGCUCAAUCAUGGGCGCGGCCAUCUCGCUGGUCGAGUUCCACUACGCGCCGCGCAUCGAGGCCUGGCUGCUGGCGAGCAACUACCUGGCGCCGCUGACGAUUGCGCUCAUCAUCAUCGUGCUCGUGCGCGUGCACCCGGAGCCGGCCGACGACUGCCCGUGCUUCGACGACAGCGUCGCCUUCGCCGGCGUCAUGAUCGGCUUGGAGUGCGGCACCUGGCGGUUCGCGCGCCACUCGCGCUUCGCGCGCUUCUACAACGGCCCCGCCGCCUCGUUCGACAUCGCCGCGCUCGGCUGGCCCCGCGCCGUCGCCCGCCUGCUCUUCGGCGUCGCCGUCAUCUUCGCCUGGCGCGAGCUCAUGAAGCCCACCCUGCUGCGCGUCCUGCCCCACCUGUUCCGCGUCAUCGAGACCCACGGCCUCUCGCUGCCCCGCCGCUUCUUCGUGCCCGCCUCCAAGUACAAGGACGUGCCGCUGCGCCUGCGCGACGACAACGUCCUGCCCAACGUCAGCGACCUGCCCAAGCUCGUGCGCAGCAUCCGCGGCCGCGGCCGCGCCGUGAGCGUCGGCCCGCAGAGCGCCGCCGACGCGUACGAGACGCUGGCGUACCGCGAGCGGAAGCGGCGCGAGAGCCUCGGCGGCGACACCGGCGCCGUGAGGAGUAAGGCCAGCAUGAACGGCCUGCGGGACAAGGCGGCGGCGGUGGACGCGGAGUGCUCGCAGGUCUCGGGCGUGCAGAGCGGCGGCCGGCUGGCCGAGUUCGAGAGGGCCAUGGGGACGGGGACCGCGGUGGCGAGCCCGACGCUGGAUUCGCCGGCGCCGGACACCGUGGCCGGCGGGGAUUUAUAUCUUGGGGAGGAGGAGGACGAGCUGGGCGAGAAGGAGGUGUUUUCCCAGUUGGUCAAGCCGCGAGUUCGGUACGACGUCGAGGUGGUUACAAAGUUGGUGGUUUAUACGGGCAUCGCAUGGCUGGCGGUAGACCCUGUCCUCAUGGCAUUUGAGGUCCUCGGCCUGGGAGCUGGGCAUCUAAGCACGCGAUGAUGUCGGACUUAUUCUUCACUUCUAAACACAGUUGCUUAGUGACGACCUCGACAUGCCUUCUGGUGCGCGCAUUUGCGACGCUGGCAUCUCCGCCCCCCUGACAAGCGGCCAGUCCACUGGCAUUCGGCCGACUUGGC